AUGGCAAAGGUGGGGCCCAAGAUGGUGGUGACCCUCACUCUCUGGUGCGUGGCCCUGACCAUUGGCUUCCUGGGGAUGGCUUGUUACCUGGUGACCGCCGGCGGCUGGAGGAAGUCACCAGCGUCUGCCCCUGUCGCCCCUGACAACCCCCGAACCGAGCUUCGGCAGUACCCGCCGUUCACGCAGCCGGGGCUGUCGCUGGGACCCAGCAGGAAACUGGUAUACAAGCCGAGCCUGCCCAACCUCUCUGCAGAAGACAACCUGCCCAUUUCAGGCAAGACCAACAACACCAGGCAGCAGCUGACCCUCCCCACCCACACGGACAGCCCGCAGCCCUGCGGGAAGAAGACAGACAGGCCAGCCGCAGGCAAGUUUAACAGUUCGAGCGUGAAGUGGGAAUCUUCCAGAAAGGAGUCCACCCUGCAAUCCAUGAACUACAGCGACGGCUUCAUCAUCAUUGCAGAGCCGGGCCAUUACUACGUGUACUCCCAGGUCUCCUUCGUCGGUGCGAGCUGCGAGAACGGCUCCGAGGUCCUGGAGAGCACGGUCCUGUACCUGCAGCACUCUGGCCGGUCCAGCCAGCACCCCCUGGAACUGAUGGAGGCCGCCCAGUCCGUCUGCGAGGGGCCCAACAACAAGCCCUGGUACCACUCGCUGCGGCAGGGAGGGGUCUUCCAACUGUCGAAGGACACCCACCUCUCCAUGAAGAUCAGUCCUUUCAACAGGGCAGAACUGGAGCAUCACAAGACCUACUUUGGAGCGUUCAAAAUCCAGUGA